GUGUUGUACAAGUCGUGUGUCUCGUCAUUAGAAGUGCUGGAAGAGGCAUGAAAAGCCCCGCAGUCUGCAGCGCGCAGUGUUGGCAAAGAUGGAUUUGUCCCGGAGGUCUCCGGCUCCCACCUGUGAUAGAUGGCAGUGCUGGAUCGUGCUGUGCCUCUGCCUGGCACUCCACCAAGAUGGGACAGAUGCAUUCUCCGUUCUUGCACCACACUCAAAGUACAUUUGCCCAGAAGGACAUGAUGUGAACCUCACGUGCUCUAUCAGAGGACACCGUAGCCAUCCACAUGAUCUAUUAACUGUACAUUGGGUUUUCACCAAAGACAGAAACCAAGACUGCACCGAGGAAAAACAUGCAACGAAUACAACAGACAACCACCAUCAAAAAACACACAAAGGAUCCCAUUUCUCCAAUGGAGUGUUCUAUAGAACUCUUUUUAACGUCACACAAUCAGACAAUGGUGGAUAUUGUUGUUUCCUUCAUGAAACAAAUAAGAAGCAUAUGAUACAUCAGGCACACAGCUAUAUGGAACUUCAGGUCAAAACAGAUAAUCCGGAUCUUAAGACCUGUUCACUUCUCUCAUCUGAAAAGGACAGUGAUGGUACAACAGCAGCUGCAGUGGCCAUUGUGGCUUGUAUUGUUGGAAUCCUGUGCAUGCCUCUCAUACUAAUAUUAAUCUAUAAACAAAGAAAAGCAGUGACUGCCAGAAGAGCACAGGAGUUGGUGAGAAUGGACAGUGAAGCACAAGGUAUUGAAAAUCCUGUCUUUGAAGAUCCCCCUGCUGCAAACCCAGAACAGAGGCCCCGGCUUAUUUUCAUGUCUAGCCGCCAGCAAUCAGACUCAGGUCGCCAUCUGCUUUCUGAACCCAACACUCCCCUCUCUCCCCCUGGACCCAAUGAUGUCUUCUUCCCAUGUCUUGAGCCAGUGCCAGAUUCUCCAGAUCCUGUGUAAACGAAGAUUUUGGAGCAUGACUGAAGGUUUGAAGAGAAAAGCAAUAUCUGAAAGACUUAUCUAAAGCCUAAAAACGGUGCCGUCUGUGGCACUGGCAGAACACCAUCCAUGCAGGAAAAAAGAAAACGUUGUGAAAGGAUUACCAAAACUGGACUGACAAUCCUGAAUACAAUUCCUGUGCCAAUAGAGACUUGGAUGAAGUCAUAAACUGGAUUUCUGCACUGUUUAAUAAUGUCAUAUAUUGACUGGUGGCAACUAAUGUAACUCAGAAUGUAUCAUCAGGCUCUCUCGAUCACAAGUACGUUUUGAGUACAACGGUAUAGAGUACGUCUCUGGGCUGUAGAAUGUAUAUAGCAUCAAGUACUACGACAUUUAGUCUGCUCGAGAAAAUCUCUCAUUUCUGUUUUUUAAAGCUGAACUGCAGGCAGCUAUAAUAGAUGCACAUGAAUGCAGCUCUGAAGUCAUUUAAUGUGUUUUUAAAUGCAAGCAAUGAAAGUACCCGGGCUUGACUUGGUAGCCAUUUCUUGCAUUCUACUGUACAGUCUGUACAGCACAUCUCUAGUAGGGGGGUGGGGAAGCAGCACAAGAGAAAGUCUGUGUACUGCAGAAAAAAAAGAAGGCUGAUAGAGGGAGAAAGCAGAGUGAUGAGCUCAUCAACCUGCUCCUUCUCCUUCCAUUGACCAGUUACAGAGUGGAAAUAGGGAAGAAAAUUGUAUGGUAUAGUGAAAAACCAGCAGACAUCAGAUUCCCUCACCUGCUAAACAGAACUGUGCUGGAAGGACAGACAUACAAAUCUCUAGUUAGGUAAAAUUAUUCUCGUUUCAUCUGUGUAUUUAUCUGUUUGCCUUAAGUUCAGGUUUAAUUAAAGUGUUACUAAACCCA